AUGCGUCCUUUCUUUGGGGAAGCAUUUUUUAAUUCUUUAUCAUAUAGGCUAAAAAUAAAUAUCACUUUCAUAAUGGCAAUCGUUCGCAAUUGGCUAUUUUGUUUAGUCGGUGUUUUUUCCUUUGUGUUACGUGUAGAAGCCAGUACUUAUUGUAACGCCACACAAGCAUGUCCCCAAGAUAAGCCAUGUUGUUCACAAUUCGGUGAAUGUGGUACCGGUCAAUAUUGUUUGAAUAACUGUGAUGUGAGAUAUUCGUUUAGUCAGGAUUCGUGUAUGCCAGUGCCAAUAUGUAAGAGUUCAUCCACCAAGUUCAAUGAUUAUUCUUCCAAGAUGGGAAAUGCUGAUGUUUUCUUGGGUAAUGUCAGCGAGGCUGAUUGGUUGUAUUCUGGUAGGGUUUUAGAUUAUGAUGACGAAGAAAGUUUGAUUUUGGCUAUGCCAAAAAACAGUGGUGGUACCAUUAUUUCUUCUACAAGGGCUGUGUGGUAUGGUAAAGUCAGUGCCAGAAUUAAGACAUCGCACCUUGCUGGUGUGAUCACUGCGUUUAUCUUAUAUUCCGGUGCAGGUGAUGAAAUUGAUUACGAAUUUGUUGGUGCUGAUCUAGAAACUGUUCAAACCAAUUACUAUUGGGAAAGUGUUUUGAACUUCACUAAUAGUGCCAAUAUAUCCACCACUGAUACCUUUGACAACUUCCAUACUUACGAGAUGGAUUGGCAUGAAGACUACGUGACAUGGUCUAUUGACAACGUUGUUGGUAGGACUUUGUUCAAAAACGAAACCUAUAACUCCACCACCAACAGUUAUCACUACCCACAAACUCCAUCCAAGGUAGAUAUUUCUAUUUGGCCCGGUGGUAACUCUACUAAUCCUCCAGGUACUAUUGCAUGGUCUGGUGGUGAAAUUAACUGGGACGCAUCAGACAUCAGUGAUCCAGGCUAUUAUUAUGCUAUUGUCAAUGAAAUCAACAUUACCUGUUAUGAUCCCCCAAGUUCUGUUAAGAAAAACGGUACUUCUGCCUAUAUUUACACUUCAUCCGACGAAUUUUUGGAAAAAGACAUCGCUAUAACUGAUGAUGAAGUCAUGAUGGAUACCGAUGAAGGAUCUGGAUUGGACCCUCACAAGGGAGCCACCACAUCUUCUGUCCAAAAAACUUCGUCUUCAACUUCAGCAUCUUCAAAGAGUUCCUCUGAAGCUUCUUCUAGCCACAGCACCUCAACGAAGAAGGGUAGCAAGACUACUUCUGCGUCCUCUUCAUCAUCAUCUUCUUCUUCUUCUUCUUCUUCUUCUUCUUCUACAAAGAAGGGAGAUAAGGAUAUCUCGGCUUCAACUUCUCUUGUAUCUCCUUCAUCAAGUGGAGCCGCAUCCAGCAGCACAGGCUCGGCAAGCAGUGCCGGUAUGGGUGCUAACAUUGCUACAAACUGGGGCCUGACUGCUGUAUGCGUUGUCCUGGGUUAUAUAAUAUAG